AUGUAUUGGUGCAAUAAUUUCCGCUUUCUUCACAGACUGCCUGACAACAUCAGCGACGAGGAGGGUGCGGUAAUUGAGCCCCUGGCUUGUGCGGUGUAUGCUUGUAAGAGAGCCGACAUUGGGGUGGGGGACACCGUGCUGGUAUGUGGGUCAGGGUCAAUGGGACUUCUGUGUAUGAUGGCAGCGUUGGCCAGUGGUGCCACGACAGUUCUGGUGACAGGUAGAUCCGAUGAAAAGCUAAAGAUUGCGAGGAAGGCAGGAGCUUGCAAAACUUUGAACAUCAGCGGUAAAUCCCCCAAGGACGCUGCUGCGGCUAUUGAAGAUGUUCUGGGAGGACCAGCUGAUGCCACUUUGGAAUGCACUGGGGUACCUUCCUGCAUCAGCACAGCCAUCUAUGCGACGACACGCGGUGGCAACGUCACCAUGGUGGGGAUUGGUGAUCUUGUUCAGGAGGUGCCUCUGGGAGCAGCUGCGAUGAAGGAAGUGGACAUUAGAGGAAUCCUGAGAUACUGCCAUGAUGAUUUCACUACUGCGGUGUCUCUGGUUGCCAGCGGGAAGGUGAACGUGAAACCUGUAAUCACCCAUCGAUUCCCACUGGAGAAAACUCUUGAAGCCCUGCAGACAACGGCGAGCGGGGUAGCCGUCAAGGUGAUGGUCCGCUGUGCCGAGAACUGAAGCGGACAUCUGAGACAAUGUCCUACUUCUACAUACCCUGGAAUUCCAGCGCUGCUAAAUUUGAAUAAGACGGUCACUAUGUUUUUUUAAUUCUGUACUCUGUGGUAGGGUUGAUGAAAAGGUUUCCCCAUGGCAGCGUUUCACCACAUUUUAUCUAUGAGUUGCUGACUUUAAGCUUAUUAAUAAUCCAUGACAAGGUAUGGGUGCUUUGGAAGUCAGUGAUAUGACAAAUACAUCCGGGUCGCAAUGCAUGCUGGUAUAUACAAAACUGGUUAUAACGCGAUCAUGUACACCAACAUAGGAACUAUAUCCCUGCUGCACUUAACUACGGAAGCAUCCUAUAGUUCAGUACCCCUGCGUUUCACUAUUACAGCAUUUCACCUCUUUA